AUGAUCACUCAAUCAGGAAUUGAGGAACCUGGUGAUGAGAAUACCCCAACCAUCCUACCAUUAAGGGACUCGUCCUUGACGGCCCAACCAUCGUCACUCAAUACUAACUCCCUCAUCUUGUCCAGUCUACCGUUUCAACGAUAUUGCCCACUGAAUGGGUCCGUUGCAAACCGAUUUCGACACUUCGAGCUCAAGCCAGUCGCAGCCAAGGAGGUCCGAUCAUUCAUUUACCGACCAACACUGAUGGUCACGUCACCUGUUCCCCUCAUUUUCUGA